GCAUAUAAGGAGAUAAUGCAUGAUAUAUAUAUAUUUAAAUUGUUCGUUAAGUUAUAUAUGGUUAAUAGUAAUAUUGGUAUGGACCUGGUGGUGCGUUUGAAUUUGAGUAAGUAUUCGACAUAUUCAUAGGCGACUGUGUCUGUAUGUAUGCUUGCGGGUAUUGGUAAGAAUAAUAUUGCUGAUGAUGUUGCUGAGGUUGUUGAUGAUGAUGUUGUUGUUGCUGUUGUUGCUGCUGCUGAUAAAGGAAAGCUUGCUGAGUAGGAGCUUGGUACUGAUAAUAAUAUCCCGCUUGCUGGGGUGCGGUUGUCGGUAUAGUAGCAGGCUCUGGUACUCUUGAAGAGUGUAAUUCAAGAUUCGUGGAGCAUGUUCUUUGGUGUCGCAGGAGUAUACACGAGCGACUGUACUCUUUCCCGCACUUGCAUACGUGUGGAUUAGCUUUCUCUCGGUCUUUUGGGGUGCUCAGAAAGGGCCAUAAGCUGUAAUCCAGACUCACGGAUGUUACGCUUAUGUCUCAGCAUGUUCUCUACACGUGUAAAAGUUGCGUUGCAGCCUGUAUAGUCACAGCUGAACUUUUUUUCCAUAGUCAGUAUUGGUCUGCCCGGAAAGAAACGAGAACGUCUGAUUAAAAUGAGGAACAUAGUUACCAGUUACGUAGGCAUAACGGUACGAGGAUCGCGCCGUAGUUUAAAAUGAUACUUGCUAUAGGAGGUUUACAAUAGUAGUAUCUAUCUAUAAAUUUUUAUGCCCGUCCUCAUACGUGAUAGAUGUCACUGUUUUGAUAGUUUCUGAUACGAGAAGGGUAGAAUGUUCAAUGGAAGAAACUAAAAUUUAAGUACAUAGAAUACUGAUAUCUAUUAGAAAUAUUAAAUCACAGCCCUUAUCGUUCUUUAUAUCACACAAUCACGAUGUCUGCUGCAGAGAAGCUGCUCGAAGAGAGGCUAAACAUGAACAAGGAGGACGCUAGUAAAAUAUACAGCAGUAAAUUAGAGAAUACCACUAUCAUGCUUGAAAACCCACUGAAAUCAUCAAAAAGGAAGCCAACGAAAUCCAAACUUAGACGGCAAACGAUAAGGCACUCUAUAAAAAGGACUAAAAUGAGUUAUGAUGUCGCUAAGAAGCUAAAUAGGAUGUGGAAUGAAUACAUAAAUGAUCUGAUAGAUGGUGAUAGCAUGUCUAUACAGUCAAAAAUGUUGAAAGCAGACCUAUGCGGUAGUGCGAUAAAAGUGAUAAAAUCAAACAAUCCAACGCUUAUAAACAUGGAAGGUAUAUGUAUAUUAGAAACAGAGCAAUCAUUCCUCAUCAUUACGCCAUCAUCCUCGCAGAAAUCUUUACCAAAAAACGGCGGUGUAUUCGAGCUAAAGUCCGACGUUUUCUCUCUUAACCUAUACGCUGAUAAUUUCAAGUACAGAAAUGUAGACAGGCUAAAUAAAAAAUUUAAGCAUAAAUU